AACUGAGUUCCGAAUUGAGUCAAAUAAUCGAUGCUCUACUGUACUUGCAAAUUCUAUCAGCUAAUGGAAAAUGAAUAUUUGGAAUUUGAGUUGGAACAUGAUAUUGAUAAUGCAUUUAAAUUUGUGGUGAAAUUAGGAUUUCAACAAACAGAAUCAGUAUGUAAAUUGUGUGCUAAUACAUGUAAAUUAUACUAUCAAAGUGACUGAAAAUCUUAUUUUUUAAGAUGUAGUAAAUGUGUAACUAAGUAUUCAGCAUUUGAAGGAACAUUUAAGAGCAAAUUUGGUAAUAUUUCUUGGGAGUGUCUUCUGUCAUUUAUUUGGCACUACCUUUAUCUCGAAUGUACUGCUAAUAAUGCUGCUUUUGCGGCAGGUAUAUCUAAAAAGGCAAGCAUCGAUUGGUCAAAUCAUAUAAGAUUAGUUAUGCUUAUAUCAUUGAAUAAUACGACUUCAUUUAAAAUAGGAGGUCCAAACAAGACUGUUGAAAUAGAUGAAAGUGUUAUAUGCAAACGAAAAUAUGAAAAAGGUCGUAUAUUGAAAUCAACUAAAUGGAUUGUAGGAGGAAUCUGUAAGGAGGAUAAAAAUUGCUUUAUUUGUCAUGUUAAAGAUAGAUCAGAAAAUACUUUAAAUUGGGUAGUGUAUAAAUAUGUAAAAUCUGGAAGUGUAAUAAUAACUGAUGAAUGGAGAAGUUAUAAUCAUAUAGACGAUAUCAAAGGAUUAAAUAUUGAACAUAAAACAGUGAAUCAUUCCAAAAAUUUUGUGAACCCUAAAACAGGCGACAAUAUCCAAAAUAUCGAAAGGUUAUGGGGAUAUUUAAAAAAUAAAAAACACCUGCCAAAGCAUUACACAAAUGAUCUAUCUGAUUCUUACUUGUAUAUGUUUAUGUAUAAAAAGUUUAUGAAUUGGCCAAACAGAAAUCCAGAAGAAAGAUUUCAAAUUUUUGCAAAACAUUUGUCUAUGAUAUAUCCUGGUACUGGAAAAACAUCAAAAUGGCUUGAACUUGAAACCGAUCCGUCUGCACUAGUUUCAAAUAUAAAUAAAAAUAAAACUCAGAAAUUGGAGAAGAAAAAGGAAAAGUUAACAUCAAAAAUGAAUACAAAAUCAAAGAAAAGUUUGUGUACAAGUUCAAAAGAAUCGACAAGAUCUGUGAAGAAAAGACCUACAACUAGUAAAGAAGAAUAUAACAAUGUUGGAAAGAUAUGUAGGAAGGUUAAAAAACAGACGGAUUAAUGUGAGUAAUAUUUUGUUUAAUUUAGUUUUGGAGUCAUGUGAACUCCAAUUAAAUAACCGGUUACAGUGCAGACUCAUUACUAAGUCAAAAUGUAACGAAGUGACUGGAAGCGCCGCCAUCUUGGAACCAUAAGUAAUAUUAACCGAUAAUUUUCAUAGUUGAUAAUGUUCUUAUAAAAUAAUGAAAAUCAUUACUGAAUAAAAAUUUUAAUUUGGUUUCUAGAAUUAAACAUUUUUUCUCAUCUUUUUAAAUAUG